GGAAUCGAGCUCCCACCCGGCUUUUACUGGAGCCAUUCUUUAUUAUACCCUUGGGUUCUUUCUCUAGAUUAACCCGUUCUAGCUCUGCAAGCUCUUUCCCUCAUUCUUCUUCAACAAUCUGCAUUUAUCCCCUAAUUUGUGUCACUUUUCCACAUAUAUCAACCAUAUCGCUCCCUUGGCUUCUUAGUUACACCCCGCUUCAAAAUGGCUGAUGGUCUUGGGGCUGUUGCGCAGCUCCUCGAGGCAAGCUUGGAUCCCAGGCAGAACAAGCAAGCCGAACUUGCUCUUCGCCAGGAGGAAAAAAAACCGAACUACUCUCUGCAGCUCCUCCAAAUCACGGCUUCCGCGUCCUACCCUUACAAUACCCGUUUGGCUAGCGCAUUAUGCUUCAAGAACUUUAUUAAGAGGAACUGGACUGAUGAAGAUGGAAACUACAAGCUCCAGGCGGAGGAGGUAACUACCAUCAAGCGGGAGCUGAUUAGCCUGAUGAUCUCCGUCCCUACGGGCAUUCAAACACAAUUGGGAGAAGCUGUUAGCGUUAUCGCAGACAGUGAUUUCUGGGAGCGAUGGGAUACACUUGUGGAUGAUCUCGUUUCUCGACUCCAGCCGAACAACCCCGCUGUCAACAAUGGCGUACUCCAAGUCGCACAUUCCAUUUUCAAGAGAUGGAGACCCCUUUUCCGGUCGGAUCAGCUGUACCUGGAAAUCAAUCAUGUUCUCGAAAGAUUCGGCAGCCCUUUCUUGGCUCUAUUCGAGGGUCUGGAUGCCUACCUUGAGGAGAACAAAUCCAACAAAGACAAUCUUGUUCAGGGAUUUACGCAACUCAAUUUGAUGAUCAAAUUGAUGUAUGACCUUUCUUGCCACGAUCUUCCUCCGAUGUUCGAAGAAAAUAUUUCAGGGAUAGCCUCGCUCUUGCUCAAGUAUCUGACCUACGAUAACCAACUCCUGCACACCGAUGACGAUACCGAGGCAGGACAGCUGGAAUUUGCGCGUGCUGGAAUUUUCCAAGUCUUAACUCUGUACGUGCAAAAGUACAUGGAUGAGUUCAAGCCUCAUAUUGGACAAUUUGUCGAAAGCUCAUGGAGCUUCUUGACACUUAUUGGUCAGGAAACCAAGUACGACAUUUUGGUCAGCAGGGCUCUGCAAUUCUUGACUUCGAUUGCGGGCAUGACCGAACAUGCCGCUGUGUUCCAGGCCGAAGGCACCCUCGGCCAAAUCAUCGAGAAGGUCAUUCUCCCCAAUGUCAGUUUGCGUGAAUCUGACGAGGAGCUUUUCGAGGAUGAGCCGAUUGAGUUCAUUCGUCGCGACCUUGAAGGCUCAGACAGCGAUACUAGACGGCGUGCCGCAACCGACUUCCUGAGACGGCUUGCCGAGAGAUUUGAGGAAUCCGUUACGAGCGUUGUUCUCAGAUACACUGAGCACUACCUCUCUGAAUACGCCAAGGCUCCCGCCACUAACUGGAAGGCCAAGGACACUGCAACCUAUCUUUUCUCUGCCAUUGCAGCGAAGGGAACUGCUACGUCAAGCCACGGUGUGACUGCUACGAACAAACUCAUUAGCAUUACCGAUUUCUUCCAGAAGCACCUUGCGGCUGAUUUGAUUAACGAUGAGGGUGUACAUCCCAUUCUCAAGGUCGACGCCAUCAAGUACCUCUACCUCUUCCGAAGCAUUAUCACCAAGGAGCAGUGGCAGGAAGUUCUCCCUAUGUUGGUCAAGCACCUCGGCUCCUCGGAAUAUGUCGUCUACAGUUAUGCGGCGAUCGCCGUGGAGCGUGUCCUCUACCUUACCGACAGCCAAGGCCAACCGAUCAUUUCCCCCGCUACUAUUACACCGCUGUCUAAGGACUUGUUGGAACACAUCUUCUCACUGAUCCAAAAGGACCAGGCCCCUCAGAAGGUGCAGGAGAACGAGUUCCUGAUGAGAUGUGCGAUGAGAGUCCUGAUUGUCAUCAAGGAGGGCAUUGUGCCGCACACCGACAGUGUCCUUCAGCACCUGAUCACUAUCACGAAAAUCAUCAGCAGCAACCCAAGCAACCCUAGGUUCUACUAUUUCCACUUUGAAGCCCUUGGAGCUUUUAUCCGGUUUGCGGCCCCUGCCAACCCCGACAAACUCGAACAAGCUCUUUACGCUCCUUUCGCAGAGAUCCUCCAAGGGGAUGUGCAAGAGUUCAUGCCUUAUAUCUUCCAACUCUUUGCUGCACUUCUUGAGGCAAACCCGUCGGGAACACUCCCUGACUACUAUCAGAACCUGAUUGCCCCGAUCCUCAUGCCUGUCAUGUGGGAGUCGAAGGGUAACAUCCCUGCGCUUGUGCGACUUUUGUCGAGCAUCAUCCACCGCGGAUCUCAAUACAUCAUCCAGAAUGAGCAAAUUGCUCCUGUUCUGGGUAUCUUCCAGAAGUUGCUUUCGACCAAGACCAAUGAAGGUUAUGGAUUCGACCUGUUGGAGUCCGUGGUUGCAAACUUCCCUCCGGCAACACUGGAACAAUACUUUGUUUCCAUCAUGCAGAUUAUCCUUACCCGCCUCCAGAAUUCCAAGACGGAGAACCUGACCCUCCGAUUCGUCCGUUUCUACCAUUUCGUCUCUGCCCAGGAUGACAAGGGCUACAGUGCUGAUUUCGUCAUCCAAGUGAUCGACAAGGUCCAGCCCGAGCUGUUCACUCCCAUCUAUCUGAACAUCAUCCUUCCUGAAACACAAAAGCUCGCUCGUCCGUUGGACCGCAAGACCGCAGUGCUCUCGUUCACUAAAACUCUUGCUAACUCGGAAGCCUUUGCUAACCGGUACAAGAAGGGAUGGGGCUUCACAUGUGAGGCUCUUCUCAAGCUUCUGGAGCUGCCUCCUCUCCCUGCCAGCAAGGAUGACAUCAUCGCCGAGCAUGACGUGGAGGAUAUGGCAUUCGGUGUUGGUUUCACAGCGUUGAACACUGUGCGACCACAGACCAGGGACCCUUGGCCCGACACGGGCGCCGACCUGAAGGCCUGGACUGGCAAGUAUCUAAAGGAAGCAGACAAGAAGCACAACGGGCGCAUUUCUGGCUUUGUUCAGGAGCGUCUUGGAGCCGAGGCGAAGACAGUGCUACUUAGUUAUAUCGCAUGAGCAGGCUAAUGGAGCAAUUUGCACCAUUUACUGGAUGUAUAAACAAUCCUAUGUCUGAUAACUCGACCGUCUCUGCAUUAUGCCAAAAAGAAAUCAUGGAGAAAGUGUUGGCUAGCUUCAACCACUCCAUUGCAUGUCCUUAUGAAUUGAAUUAUAUUUAGAUGACACUAAUAUGC